AUGGAAAAGAAGAAGAAGAGUGAGAGUCUCAAGCUGGUGAAACUAAAAGACGCCAUUAAUCUCAUCAACCAAGAAGUUAAUCUGCUUGGUGUCGUCACUGAACGAAGAGAACGGUUUGAUCGUUGCAUAAACGGAAAGUUCCUCUCGAUCGAGUUGAAGCUUGGCCGGUCGAGUAGGUGGUCGAGCUGGUCUUCAAGAUGGCUUCCUCCUUCUUCCUUUGCGUAUCCAGUUGAGCUGCGUCCAUGCACCAAGUCCUUCCUUGCUCCUCACGUCCCAUAUGCUCCAAAAUGCUCCAAAAGACCUAUUUCAAAGGACCAAACAUGCAUAUCGCCUGAGCCUGAGAACUAUUGGUAUCGAGUGUGCGAAGGGCAGGCCUCGAAGUACGUGGAGAGGCCGUGGCAUUCGCUGUGGAAGUCGAAGCGGUUGAUGAACAUUGUGUCUGAGAUCAGUGGGAAGAUGGAUUGGGACUUUGAUGCAGUUCAUGUGUUGGAGCGUGGAGGUUACGGACGCCGACGCCUGCGAUUCGAUUCUUUGCCUAGUCUCGGUGAGGUCUAUGCAAAGAUUGUGCGAGAAGAACAGCGAUUGACCUCAGCAAAGGCUCGUGAGCAACAGCAAGAGGCGAUCGGUUUUGUCACUCGACGGAAAGAGCUCCCUACUUUUGUCCGUCCUAGCCAAACUGAGACUCGUUCGGACUCAGCCACUUCUAUUCGUCGUGAUCGCAACGCUCUCUGCAGUCAUUGUGGACGUUCCGGACAUGAGAAGAAAGAAGGUUGGCAGUUAGUUGGCUUUCCCGAGUGGUGGUUAGACAGAAACAAGAAUCCGAGUGGAGGUCGAGACAGAGGAGGAGGUCGUGGUGAUACAACAACUCUGGUCGUGGAUGUGGUCAGGCCAAUGCUGCACACGCCACAAGUUCCAACGCGUCUUCCUUUCCGGAGUUUACAGCCGACCAAUGGAAGGCUCUUUCCAAGUUGA